GUUAAGACUUCUUUUUGGUCCUCAUUUUGGUGAUUAUAACUUUCCCCUUUGCUUUAUUUUAAAUAUUUUUUUAUUAAGCACUGUAAUCACUCUCUCUUCUUCAGUCAGCUUAUGCACUCUCUUGCCUUCUAUCUAUCUAUAAAAGCAAAUCAAUCAAGUCUAAACUGUUCUGAAUUUCUAUCCCUUAAAAAAAACCCUUUUUUUUCAACCAUGGCUGACUACCCUUACUCCAAUUUCUUCUCAGGUUGGUUCAAGUUCAACCCUCUUCAACAUUACUCAUCUCCAGACACUCCUCCCCAGCAACAACCUAAUUUCUAUACCCAAAACUUAUAUAGCAACACCAACUUCGUGAGAAAUGAAACCAGCAAUUUUAACCCCCUUUUCCAUUACCAAACCACCUGCUCAUCAUCAUCGUCAGCUCCUUCCCCUCCUGUUAGAGAAGCCUUACCACUAUUGAGCUUGAGUCCCACAAGGCAUGACAAAGAGGACCAGGAACAGGAUGAUGAAGAACAAGAUCAAGAUCAAGAGCUAUAUGCUUGCACUGCCAUGGAUGUAGACAAGAGAAAAGGGAAAGAGGAAGUGCGGAGGCUGCUCUUGAGUAAUUACAACAGUGGUGCUGCUGCAGCAGCAGCUGUUGAAGAUGAAACUGUUACUGUUGCACUGCAUAUAGGGUUACCAAGCCCUAGUGCUUCAGAGUUGGCUUCAGUUUUAUCAUCUUCCUCAGAGAUCACAGACAAAGAUGGGGAUGGUGAUGAUUCUGGUUACCCAUUUAACAGACUCAACAAGGGACAAUAUUGGAUCCCUACCCCUUCUCAGAUUCUUAUUGGCCCUACACAGUUCUCUUGUCCUGUUUGCUGCAAGACCUUCAAUAGAUACAACAACAUGCAAAUGCAUAUGUGGGGGCAUGGAUCUCAGUAUAGGAAAGGGCCUGAAUCACUAAGAGGAACACAACCAACAGGAAUGCUAAGGCUUCCUUGCUAUUGUUGUGCACCAGGGUGCAGGAACAACAUUGAUCAUCCAAGAGCAAAGCCACUCAAAGACUUCAGAACCUUGCAAACACAUUACAAGAGGAAGCAUGGGAUCAAGCCAUUCAUGUGCAGAAAAUGUGGCAAGGCAUUUGCUGUGAGAGGAGACUGGAGAACCCAUGAGAAGAACUGUGGAAGGCUCUGGUAUUGCAUUUGCGGCUCCGAUUUCAAGCACAAGAGAUCUCUUAAGGACCACAUAAAGGCUUUUGGGAAUGGCCAUGCAGCUUAUGGCAUCGAUGGCUUGGAAGAAGAUGAUGAUCCUGCAUCUGAAGUGGAACAAGAUAAUGAUUCCAUGCAUUAAUUGAAUAAAUGGAAAAAAAA